CGGGCCGGGCCGGGGGGUCCCGGCCGUGCGGAGGAGAGCGGUGAUCUGCGCCGGGAGGACCGGAGCGUCCCGGCGGCGUCGGGACCAUGACUCUGGAGUCCAUGAUGGCUUGUUGCCUGAGCGACGAGGUGAAAGAGUCGAAACGAAUCAACGCCGAGAUCGAAAAGCAGCUGCGGAGGGACAAACGCGACGCACGGCGAGAGCUGAAACUGCUGCUGUUGGCAGCAUUUGGAUCCUCGAAGUCGGAAGGAACAGGUUCAUUUCACCUGGGAGUUACUUUGCUGGGAUUUCUUUUUUUGCUCUUCCAUCUUCAGGCCAACGCAGUCCUGAUCCGGGAGGUGGAUGUAGAAAAGGUCAUGACGUUUGAGCAGCCCUACGUAAGUGCAAUUAAAACCUUGUGGAACGACCCUGGAAUACAGGAGUGUUAUGACAGAAGAAGAGAAUACCAACUUUCUGAUUCAGCUAAAUACUAUCUGAGCGACGUGGAUCGUAUCGCCACCCCAGGAUAUCUACCAACUCAGCAAGAUGUGCUACGGGUUCGAGUUCCUACGACUGGGAUCAUAGAGUACCCCUUUGACCUAGAGAAUAUCAUCUUCAGAAUGGUGGAUGUUGGAGGUCAGAGAUCAGAACGGAGGAAGUGGAUCCACUGCUUUGAAAAUGUGACUUCCAUCAUGUUUUUAGUAGCACUUAGUGAAUACGACCAAGUUCUGGUGGAGUCUGAUAAUGAGAACCGGAUGGAAGAGAGUAAAGCCCUCUUCCGAACCAUCAUCACUUAUCCCUGGUUCCAAAACUCAUCAGUUAUCCUCUUCCUGAACAAGAAGGAUCUGCUGGAAGACAAGAUCCUCUAUUCCCAUCUCGUUGACUAUUUCCCAGAGUUUGAUGGUGAGUGGUUUCUAUGGGGAAACGCUGUGUGUUUGGGAGGAGGGGAGGGGAUGGUUUGGUUGGAUUCUCUUAGAGAUUGAAGGAACAACUCUUUAAUUUCAAAGGGAAUACCUCCUGCAAUGAGAAACUGCCAUGAAAAUGCCCUGAUCUUACUUGGCUAAUAGGAAUUUGAGCAAAUAAUGAACGUUUCCUGCAGGACGAGAUAGAAAAGAUUUCCCCCAGGCAGUCAUUUAACACUUUAAAAUGCGUGGAGUCUGACUUUCUUACCUGGGUUCUUGUGCCCAUGAUCUGUUUUUUCCAUGUGUGGCAAUGCAGCGGUGUGCUGGGUGCUUUAAUGCUCUAAGCAAGAGGAAAUUUCAGGCUUUGCUUUGAGAGCCUGACUGGUCAGACAGCUGAGCUGCUCACACCGAUGCUGAAUGAGCUCAGGUAGCGUUCAGUUCUUGUUGAGCCCCACCUGGGUUGUGGAAUGGUGACACCUGCAUGGAACAGAGGAAGUCUCAUCUGAAGCAGAAUCCCUCAGCCAGAAUCACGCUGCCCUUCCAGCCCUGCAGCUGAGUGCAUUCAGAGCUGUGUGGUAACACAGCAGCCCAGGGCUGCAAGCAAUGAAAUGCGGUGGGGAAUGAGAUCAGGCAGCAGCUCCUCUCCGUGCUGUCAUGUGCUGCCUGUUGUUAUGCAUCUUCAGCAAGUGUACGGAAGGAAGAGCUGCAGUUUGGCAAACCAACCACUUUGCUGCUUUGAAAUGACAAAUGAAAUCUCUCCUUACGGUUUGUCCUCCCACUCUGGGAGUCUCAUGCCCCCUGCUGUCUGAGGGCGCUCUGAAAUCAGCAGUGGGGAACGGCAGGGCUCACAUCUGUGAACAUCUGUGAUUGCAGGGGUCAAACAGCACGGCUUUCUUACAGGACACAGCAGCUGGAGCCCACAGAACAGGCAGGGAGCACCACGUGCUCUCCCCUUUCAUCUGCCUGAGGGCUGCUGCAGGAGCACUGCGUGGCCGUGGGUGGGAGGGAGCCCAUAGACCACCUCCCAGAGCUGCUCUGUGCUGCAGGGAACGGGAGAACAGCAAUCCUGAGACAGGAAUAUCAGCACGGUGACUCAGAGGAGGUGGAUUUUCCUUAGGAGCUGUCGGCACCACCCAGUAAAUAAAGGCAGGAGUUGCAGUUCUGGGCUUCUUUGAGUCAAUGGGGCCGUGAGGAUGGAGUUGGCUGAAGAUGAUCUUUGUUUAAUAACACACAGCCUCGAGGGUGUGAGAUUAAUUUGUACAUUAAAAAGAAAGGUGCAGCUCAAUGCUGGAUGGGUGUGUGUGACUGCAGGCAGCUGUUGUCCAGCAAGCACAGCACAGG